AAUGAUAUUCAAGAUCAUAAGAUUUUUAAUAAAAGGAAUUUUCAAAUAUGUAUUACCUAUCCUCUUUACUUCAUUUAUUAUUUAUGAAUGGCCUAAUCUGAAUGCUAAUUAGGCUAGAAUAUUAAUGAGCAUUAAUGUGUUGUUAAUUGUAAGAAUUGAAAAUUGUUUUGCAUUUUAUAGGUCUUAUAUUUGUUUAAUGUAGAUUCUAUAAACAGAAAAGUAGAUUUGAAUAUGAAAUGACAAUUUUCUUGGCAACUGUAAAGGUUGUUAAUUCAUUCCAAGCCUAAUCUGCCACCGGAUCAAUCUACAUUAUAGUACAAUACACAAUUAAUAGAUUUGUGAAUGGGUUUUCGAUUUGUUUUUACUCUGCAAUGCACUUUGUUAUGCUCUUUCUUUUUGCAUUAUUAUCAUAUUUGUUCUUAUUGUGAUUUUUGGACUUAUCAGAGGAGAUUUCCCUAUAGUUAACCGAGGAUUAUCUCCAGAAGAACUAUUAAAGUUAACUAGAAAACCAUGGAUUGAAUAUCAAGUACCAUAACAAGAAGACUGUCCUAUUUGUUUAUGUUAAUUAGAAUAGAUGGAAAUUAUAGUACAACUGCCUAAAUGUAAUCAUUAUUUUCAUGAUACUUGCAUCGAUGAAUGGCUAAAUGCAAAACCUUUAUGUCCAUCCUGUAGAAAUAAUGUAAGAAUGGCAUUACUAAAUGAUUGA